AUGAUUGGUGAAAUUGACAGUAAUAAUAAUAAUAAUAACAAAUGUAAAAAUGUUAAUCUUCCAAAUAUAUUACAAAAGUUGAUUAUAAGAUACUGUUGGCAAUCGGAUCCAACAGUAUAUCAAUUAAAAAGACGUGUUUUUACAUUGGUUUGUUGGAGAUGGUUUAAAGAGAUUGCUUUCUAUUUCGAUUCUCUGGUUAUGUUCUAUAGUGAUUUAAGUAUCAUUACUGAAUUCCAACAGCAUCUCACCUCAAAAUACAAUAUUUAUAAUGAGAGUUACCAGAACCAACAAAUACAAUCAAUAAAACUAUACAACAAUGUAAAUAGAAUAGAGCACUACCGUACUCCAACUGCUCAAUCCAAUCAAAUCAUACAAUCAUUCUUUCAACAUCUACAUCCAUCACUCAACCUAAUAAAGUUAUUUAAAUCACCACUACAAGAAGAUCUAUUUAAUAAUAUUAUACAAGUAUUAUUUAACAAUAACAAUAGCGACAACAACAACAAUAAUAAUGAAAAUAAUAUCAUUAAUAAUAAUAUAAAGAAAUAUUCAUAUUUUGAUAUGUUUCAUUUGGGUGUAGAUGGAUUAUCUGUAAUAUAUGAACGUUUGACUGAUAUCAAAACAUUUGAUAGUGUAUCAUUCAACUGCUUGAGAAUAUCGAAUCAGAUUGUUAAAUUUCUUAAACAACAUUCAACACAUCUCCAACAAGUUAAGCUAAAGGGUAUGCGAACUCUUCCAACCAAUCUAUUCUCCAAGGAGAGAGCUUUGUCCUAUAAGUGCUUGACUCGCUUAGAUCUGGUUUGGCUCAAUGUCUCUGAGAGCUUUAUGGAGUUCCUCGAGGAACUACCGGCACUGAAGAUUCUACAGUUCGGUAUGUUCAUCACUCCAUAUAGUGAGACCAAUAAAUCACUGCUGGACAAGCGAUUCGCCCGCAAUGGAUAUACGGUUGCCUCUGAAAUACUUGCCAGUUGUAUGCAGCACAUGACCAAACUCCGCAAGUUUGUUAUCGAGUACCACAUGUCGGUCGGAAGUCGCUAUCACUACAAGCCGAUACUCGAUAUCAUUAAGCAAGGCAAGCUAAAGAGUCUGGAGUAUCUCUCGUUAUGCGAUGUCGACAGCAAGGAGCUUCCAGAGGUAUUGGAGCUAUACAAACUACAACCAAAGCUUACCGAGCUUAGAUUAUCACUAAAAGAGAAUGAGCGAACAUUCCUAGUAAAAGCUUCCAUCUUCCCAUUUAUCCAACAACUCAAACCAAAAUACGAUAUCAAUUACUACUCGAAUAGAGAUAUCACAACCUUUCAUUGUGCCCGACAUCAUCAAUUAUCAGAAUACUAA